CCGCCCCCCUCCUUCCCCAACCACCACGAAAGCCAUGGCGGCGAUGGCGAAUAACCUUCGGGGUUUGAGUCAACCGAUUGACGUCGCAUCGCUCGAUGCCAUCGUCUCUGCUUCCCACGGCACUGGAUCUGAAGAAGAGAGAGCAGCAGAGCAGAUCUUGGGGGACUUGGAAAACGACCCUAGCACGUGGCUGCAAGUCAGGCACAUUCUACAAGAUACGAAGAAUUUAAAAACCAAGUUAUUUGCCUUAAAGGUCUUAGAAGGUGUCGUGAAAAAUAGAUGGAAUGCGUUGCCCCAUAAACAAAGGGACUGGAUGAAGAAUUAUAUCUCUCAAGUCAUUAUGCAGCUCUCAAGUAAUGAAGCCUCACUUCGAAUGGAAAAGCUGUUUAUCAACACGCUCAACAUUAUAUCAGUACAGAUCCUGAAGCGUGAGUGGCCUGGAAGAUGGAGAAGCUUUUUUCCUUAUGACCUUGUUUUAGCUGCAACAACUAGCGAAACAAUCCGUAUAAAUUACAUGGCCAUUUUGACACUUCUGAGUGAAGAUCUUUAUGAUUUCUCGAGAGGCGAAAUGACAGAACAAAAGAUCAAGGAGCUUGAACAGUCACUGAACAGUGAGCUCCAACUUAUUUACGAGCUGUGUUCUUAUGUGCUAUCGGCAACUCAAAGAACUGAGCUCAUGAGCAUCACACUAUCAACGUUGUGUGUUUUCCUCCCAGGGAUUCCUUUGGGCUACAUUUUUAAAUCUCCAUUGCUGGAGAUGCUCCUAGAGAUUAUCCCUGUGCCAUCGACUUCGAAUCUCACUCUUCAGUGCCUUACACUGGUGGCCACCCGCAAUUCUGGAAAUAUCCAUGACUUACAAUUUGUGAACAUGUAUAAAGCCUUCAUGGUGCAGUUACAACAGGCUAUACUUCCUCCUACUGCAAACAUCCCAGAGGCUUAUGCACAUGGUUCUAGUGAGCAGCAGGCAUUUAUCCAAAAGUUGGCUUUGUUUUUCACUUCAUUUUAUAAGGUUCGCAUUAGGAUAUUGGAGUCUACACAGGAGGAUGUGGCAUUCUUGCUACUGGGUCUAGAGUACCUUGUAAACAUCUCAUAUGUAGAGGACACUGAAGUCUUCAUGGUUUGCUUGGAUUACUGGAACACCUUGGUCUUGGAGCUUUUUCAGAUGCCUUCGAAUCCUGGCAUGGUCAAUGACCUAGGUUCCAAACUGCUGCAGCGGCAGCAGCUUUAUGCCAACCCUUUGUCCAAGCUGAGAAUGCUCAUUCUCCAUCGUAUGGCCAAGCCUGAAAUAGUUCUCAUUGUUGAAGAUGAAAAGGGUAACUCUGUUCGUGAGACAAUGAAGGACGAGAAUGCUCCCGUCCAGUACAAGAGAAUGAAAGACAUCUUGUUUUACUUGUCAUGCCUUGGUCACGAGGACACUGAAAAGCAGAUGCUGAAAUUAUUAAGUAAACGGCUGAGUGGUGAGGAUUGGUUAAGGAAUAACUUAAACACAUUGUACUGGGCAAUUGGCUCUAUUUCUGGGUCCAUGAUGGAUGCACAGGUACUACUUGAACUUUUCUUAAUAUGAUUUAUUCACUGCCUCCGAGAAUGAGACAUCUCCAUCCUUUGGUUUCUUAAUGUAGCUUGACCCUUUGGAAUGAGUGAUUUUUGCAGCAUUGAUGGUGAUUUAUUCACUGCCUCCAAGUCGGAGACAUCUCUAUCUUAUGGUUUCUUAACAUAGCUUGUCCCUUUGGAGUGAGUGAUUUUUGCAGCAUUGAUGGCGAUUUUAUUCACUGCAUCCGGCUCUGAGACAUCUCCAUCUUAUGGUGUCUAAAUGUAGCUUGACCUUUUGGAGUCGACCUUUUGGAGUGAGUAAUUUUUGCAGCACUGAUAUCGGUGAUAUUGCCGGAUGCCUCUUUGUUGCUGUCCUGGAAGGCUUUCCAUCUUUACAUGGGUUGGGGUUUCCCGCGUUUUGAGUUUUGGUGAAUGAUGCAUCGGGCGUGAUUGUUGUGAAAUGCGGUGGUGAACAAUGCAUCGGGCGUGAUUGUUGUGAAAUGCGGUGGUGAACAAUGCAUCGGGCGCGAUUGUUGUGAAUGCGGUGGAGAAUCACAUAUCUUGAAAGCUAUCUCAUGUCGCCUUUUUUUUUUUUUGGUUGAAAUCUCAUGUCGCCUUUAUCUUGUAUGUUUUGGACCUCUUCUUGCUCAUGUAUGAGUCUUCAUUCAGGCAGGAGUAUGCUUUUUCUC